GCAGAGGCCAGUGUUGCAGGCAGGCAGGCAGUGUGGUGGAGAGAGUGUGUGGAGCCGCAGGGACGUGCCCAGGGUGGAUAAACCAUGCUCACUAACUGGGAGAAAGCCUCUGCCCAGGACUCAAGAUGAAGGUGAAGAGGAAGACCUCCUCUAGCAGCGACAGCUUCACUGACAUUCCUGCGCUGCUGUGGCUCUUUGGCCUCCUCCUCCUCGUCACAGGUGAGGUGUCGGGGGUGAACGUGACCAGUCAAAGCCAGGUGGUGAGGGGCACUGUGGGCAAAGAGGCCCUGUUGUCCGUCAGCUACUCCAGCAGCAGCUCCGACAAGCCCGUGAUUAAGUGGCAGCUGAAGAGGAGCAAAGAAAAACCCAUCACCGUCGUGCAGUCCAUAGGAACGGACGUUAUCGGGAACCUGAGGCCUGAGUACCGCAACCGUGUCCUGGUGUUCGAGAAUGGGUCACUUCUGCUUCACAACCUGCAGCUCUCAGACGAAGGGGCAUACGAGGUGGAGAUCUCCAUCACAGACGACAGCUUCACUGGGGAGCACUACACCGAGCUCACUGUGGAUGACUCUGGUUCAGGACGGAGCUCGCUAUACAUCAUCCUGUCCACCGGGGGCAUAUUCCUCCUAAUCACCCUGGUUACAGUGUGUGCCUGUUGGAAACCUUCCAAAAAGAAGCAUCGACCUGUCCCCCAAAGAGCUCCUGUAUAUGUCGAGCAGAGUGAAAAUGGCCACGAUGUUGAUGUUGUACCCAAACCAACAACUCUCGGUCGAAGGAGUCCGAUGCCUCUUUAUGUUCUAAAUGAAGAUGAGACUCUGGAGCGUUUGGAAGAAUGUUCUGGCAACGCUCUCAGCCAAUCAGAAAUGUGUAUCCCUGCUACCUAUGCUCCCGUCCUUCCCCCCUCCUCAAACAGAACUGAGCGGCCCAUCUGGUCUGCCCCUCGCAGGUACCCCCGCAGCCCCUCUCCACUAGCACUACCCCUCCCACAGCCCCCUCUUGGUCCUCCACUGCGGCCUGUCCGCUCACCUGCUCACUCCCCCGGGUCAUCUCCACGCAGUUUCAGCCCAAUAAGAAAGGUCCGUCCCCCAGUGGGCAUCCCAACCAGCCACCUGCCCGUAGAGGCAGAGUGUCCAGAUCCCAGUGAUCAGACUCACUGUCCGCCCCAACAAUGAUAACUGCACGUUUCUCAACCUCCCUGGGAAGUAUGCUUUCAUUCUGUGAUAUGUAAAGUUUGUGUAUAGUUUGUUGUUCUUCUAUUGCGUCCCGAAGAAAAUGAAGAUUUUGGAUUUGAUGCACUAGGAUCAGAGAUGAGUUUCCUUUCAGCUAACUCUUUAUAUUCCAUUAUUUAUCAUCAGUUUAUCUGUGGUUAUCUACAAUGUCUGUAGUUUUUUUGAUGUUAUCCUCUGAUAAGAAAAAUUAUAUUUUUUUCACCAACAGGUAGUGUAUCCUGAAUAUGAUGCUGAGACAGAACAGAACUACCAGCUCUGAUAUAUAUUUUACCUUUUGUUUCAUUGUGUAUUUUACUGGGAACCUUGAUAAGUGCCUGUACAUAUAUGUAAGUAAAUUGUUGUUAAGGGGUUUGCUGUUUUCUUUUCUUUUAAAAUAUUA